GAUGAAGGACAGACCGAGGUAGGGUUAGGAGUGUCUCUUCCAGGUUCUGUAGAGAUCCACAGCCUGUACGAGAGCAUGGCUCUGUCUUCUCUCCCCACCCUUAGACCUCUGGGUCUGGGUUUGGGGCUCGGCCUGCCCAUUGUAGAUAAAGGGAAAGAUAACAUCCCUUCACUUACUUCAACUACUGUCCUGAGAAACUCCCAGCCUCUCCACUUCACAAGCUCUCACUCAGAGCUCUUCUCUCUGCCUCCAGAAUGGCGGACCGCCCAGUUGGCUUCCUCCAAACUCCAGGUUCUGCGACCCUGCUUCCCAGAGGCUUGGUUCUGCUUUUGUUUGUCCCAGCUGGUGCUGGAGAGUUUCGGGGAGGGAGACUUUGAGCAGGUGACACUGGGUUUGCAGGAGGACCAUGCUCUGCGGGAGCUUUAUACCCAGGUUGUGCUAUCGUGUUGUGUGGCACUGGGGGCAGAUGCUCAGGUGUUCAGCCCCAAUCUGCUGUUCAGGCUGUACUGUGGGGACGGCCCCUGGACCGAGGGACUCGAGUGGCUCCGAGCCAAUAAAGAGCUGCAUCAGCUCACACUCAGGGCUUUCAGGUACAGUGUAAAACUCUUGGUAGACCAGGCAUCUCUUGGUCCGGUAGAGAGUCUGGAUGAGCUCUACACAACUUUGCAGGAUUACCAUGAGAAUUGGUUCAUUGGCCUGGUAACAGACUGCAGUUGGCAAGACAGUGUUGCACAAGAGAAGCCCUUCCUAUUCUCUCUCGGACACGAUCUCACCAUGGGGACAUAUACGAGCCGUGUGUUGUCCCUGCAGGAGAAUCUAGUCCAGGUAGGAGUUUUGAAUGAGGAGGGUGUGAGGGGCCAGUGGGCCAACCUGUCAUGGGAGCUACUAUAUGCCACUAAUGAUGACGAGGAGCGCUACAGCAUUCAGGCACAUCCUGUGAUGCUGAGGAACCUAACUGUUCAAGCAGCUGAUCCACCUCUGGGAUACCCCAUCUAUUCAUCCCCACCCAUCCAUUUACACUGCUUAUGAUAAUCACCUUCAUUUGUUUACCCACACCGCUUCAGAGAUCAUGACACACAGGGAUGCUACCAGCACAUGAAUUUCACAGUCAGAAGUUUCUGCAUUUCAUUUCUUCAUUCAGAGUAUGGUCAAAUAUUUUAUUGAAAGUAUGAAAAUUGUUAGUUUUAGUGACAUUUGACUUUUGAAAGAAAUGCAUGAAUUUAUGAAUGUCAGCAGCUAGUAAAUGUGCAAAAUCCUCUCCAAACUCAUUGAGACACAGAGCCCAGUUUAAAUUUGUUCUCUAGAAAGUGUGCUCUAUUUUCUCAACAAUGAACCCUUGGGUGUCCUUGACUGAAUCUCACCUCACAUUGCUACCAUUUCACAUUUUUAUUUUUUGUAUUUUUUCACUUUCUUGUUAAGCAUCCGUCAAGAGCCCUAAAAAGGAGAAACAGGAAAACCGUUGCUCUUUUAAAGAACCUGUUUGUCAGAUCUCAAGGAUGUGCCUUGGUUACUAUAUUCCGUGGUUAUAAUAUUUUUUUUGUUCAUGUGACCACCUGGCACCUAUGGCACCUUUGUUCAUCCUAUUUGAGCUCCG